AUGAAGAGGACGAUCGUUCUGUACCCCGGCCUCUUCGUCAGCCACUUCGUCCCCAUGAUGCAGCUCGCCGACGCACUCCUGGAGGCGGGCUACGCUGUCGCGGUCGCGCUCAUCGACCUCACCUUGGACCAAGACGUCGCCCUGGCAGCCGCCGUCGACCGCGUCGCCUCCACCAAGCCGUCGCCGUCGGUCACCAUCCACAGGCUCCCUCGGAUCCAGAACCCUCCCGCGAUCGCAGACUGCGGUGGCGACGCAAUCCUCUGGUACUUCAAGACUGUCAAACGCUACAACGAUCGCCUCCGCGAGUUCCUCUGCUCCCUGCGCGUCGUCCACGCGGUGAUCGUGGAUGGGCCCUCCGCCGACGCGCUCGACGUCACCAAGGAGCUUGGCGUCCCGGCCUACACCUUCUUCGCCACCAACGCCUCCGCCGUGGCGGUGUUCCUCCAGCUUCCUUGGACCCACGAUGAGGAAGGCCAGCCAAGCUUCAAGGAGCUCGGAGACACCCGUCUCAGCAUCUCCGGCGUGCCACCCAUGCCGGCGUCAUACCUCAUGCCAUCGAUGCUCCAGGACCCGGCCAGUGAGACGUACAAGACGAUGAUGCGUGUGAUGCGCCGGAACCCCGAGCCCGAUGGCAUCUUGGUGAACUCGUUCGCGUCGCUGGAGGCCCGGGUGGUGAGAGCUCUCAGGGACCCACUGUUCCUCCCCAUCGGCGACGGGGACGGCAGCGGGUGCAGGAGGACCCCUCCGGUGUACUGCGUGGGGCCGCUGGUCGUGGGAGCCAGUGAAGGCGACGGCGAGACGAAAGAAAAGCACGAGUGCCUCGCGUGGCUCGACGAGCAACCAGAGCGCAGCGUCGUGUUCCUCUGCUUCGGAAGCUUAGGCACAGCCACCCACUCGGAUGAGCAGCUCAGGGAGAUCGCCGUCGGCCUGGAGAGGUCCGGCCACCGGUUCCUGUGGGUGGUGCGUGCGCCUCUCCCCACCGAGGGCGUGGACCCGGGGAGACUGUUCGACCCGCGCGCCGACUCCGACCUCCGCGCGCUCCUGCCGCCCGGGUUCUUGGAGAGGACCAGAGCUCGCGGCCUCGUCGUGAAGCUGUGGGCGCCGCAGGUGGACGUGCUCAACCACAGGGCCACAGGUGCCUUCGUGACGCACUGCGGGUGGAACUCGGUGAUGGAGGCGAUCACGGCCGGUGUGCCGAUGCUUUGCUGGCCUCUGUACGCGGAGCAGAAGAUGAACUCGGUGGUCAUGGUGGAGGAGGUUGGCAUCGGCGUGGAUUUGGUUGGAUGGCAGCAGGGGCUGGUCAAGGCCGAGGAGGUCGAGGGCAAGGUAAGGAUGGUGAUGGAGUCCGAGGAAGGGGAGCAGCUCAGAGCACGUGUGGCGGCGCACAGGGAUGCUGCGGCGUGGCCUGGAAGGACGGCGGCUCAUCGCGCGCGGCAUUUGGUGAGUUCUUGUCGGACGUGGACAGCCAUGUACAUGUACGAGGCCAAGAUAUGGAGUAGCGCUAAUGGUCGUAAUGGCAAAUUGCGUCAAAGCUGA